AUUAAAAACAAAUACCAAAAGAUUUUUAAUUAUGAUUCCUGAUAACAAUGAUGAAUUGCACAGUGAACUGGGAUCAAUUAUUGAUGAGAAACACGAUGAUGGUGAUGAUGGCGAUGUCGAUGACGAUGAUCCAACUUCUAUUGAUUAUCGCAUGUUAGCUGAAAUUCUACCGAAACCGCCCGAUUUACCCCUCCCAUUGGAACCAACUUUUAUUCCAAAUGAAUUAGAAAACUUAACUCUUGGGAAAUAUGAUGGGAUUAAAUUCUGUAUGGAAAAUUCUUCACAGACUGAAUUAUCUGAACUGUCUGAUUUAAACGAAAUCAAACAAAAAUUGAACAAUUUAUCAUUACAACUUUUUAACGAUUAUUCCAAACACAUAGAUCGUGUUAAAAAUGCUUCCAACUAUCAAAUUAAACAAAUGAUUGAAGAGGCAGUUUUAAAAAUUUAUCUAGUUAUGCAAUCACGUGUAGAUUAUAUCACCAGAGGAUAUACAAGCUCAAUUGAACGUGUUCGUGGUGCAUGUCGUACUCAACUGGCGAAUACAAUAGCUAUAUUGAAUGGAUUAAUUAAUGCCGCGAAACGAAGAAAUGAAAGUUUUAUUGAAAGUACACUUCGAAAUCGUAUAUUGGAAUUGGAAACUGCCCUUCAACAAUACGAGUUAGAUAUCAAACAACUUCAAACAAAGUUGGAAGAAGUUGAAGAAAAAUACGACACUUUGAAUCUUGAGAAAACAAAUAUUAUAAUGUCAAGAAAUUCUUCUCUGGAAUCCUUUCCAUCAGAAAACCUACCACCCAAAGUUAUUACUGUUCAAACAGAUGCAGCUGUACAAGUUGAAACACCGGAUGAAAAAAGGCAAUCGUUGGAAAGACAAGUUAAAAAUCUUUUAGAACAAAUCGAUGUACUUAAAUCAGCGUUAAGUGCUGUUCAAUCACAAGUUAAAACAUUGACUGAAAAACAUGAUCAAUACGAAUUACAGUUGAAAUCGUUCAAUAAUCAAAUCAAUGAAAGUAAAGCGGAAAAUUCAAAAUUAGAAAAACAAUUAUUAAGUAAAGAAAAUGAACUCAUUGUCUGUCGGCAAAAAAUGAAAUCAUCUGAAUUACGACUGAAUGAAAUGUUAACAUCAUUGAAUAAGUUAAGAGGUGAAAAAGCUCAAUUAGAAAAUGACUAUGCAAUAAAUCGUGACAAUGAAAUGAAACAAUUGAAACAGAAAUUAGAUGAAUUGUUAAAAAUUAAAGAAGCAUUAGAAGAUGAGUGUAGCUCACUUCGUAAAGAAUUAAUGCAUAUGAAAGAAGCACCAAAAGUUGUACAAUCAAGUGAUACUAGUAUGAAUAAUUAUGCACUUCGUGAACAAGCUCUUGUAGCUGAGAUUGUUCGUCUACGGCGUGAUUUGAAUCGUCUUCAUGAAGCUGCAGAAUCACGAAUCCAAUGUUUAAAAAAUAGACUGAAUGCAUUCACUGAAGAGUCAUUCAAUCGACGUACACUAGAAAUGAAAGUAUCACAGUUGCAUACUGCUGCAUUGAAAUAUGCAAAUCAACUUGCUGAAUUGACACCAAUUAAUAAAUUACAUGGUUGUGAUGAGGCUAUGACACAUAAUGGAGUCUUCUUGUCAGCUUUACCACCGCCAUUGUCUAUUUUAACGAAAGUUACUCCUCAUCGUAGCAGUUUGGAAUUGGGAAUUUCAACGGGGAUUAGUUUACCGCCUAUUGUACGUACUGGUUACUAA